UACAGGGCUCGCCAGGAACAUGGUGGUUUCUGGGAACGCCUUGGUGAGCAGGAACAGCCACAGGAUUACUAGGGCCUCCUGUGUCCACACUAGUAGGCCAAAUGGUGGGCCUGGCAGGAGCACCUGACUUCGAACCUGCACAGCAAGGACCUGUCUCCAAGGAGUAUGCUGUGGGCCUCUUUCUCGCUGAACUAUGAACUCCUGCUUUUCCUGGUGACUAGAGAACAACUUAACUUUUGCAAGUCUUCCUGAGGUUUCGGAAAAAUGAUGAAAUGAAAGCUAUGGAUGUUUUGCCAAUUCUGAAGGAAAAAGUCGCCUAUCUCUCAGGUGGUAGAGAUAAGCGCGGAGGUCCCAUUUUAACUUUCCCAGCCCGCAGCAACCACGACAGAAUACGGCAGGAGGAUCUCAGGAGACUCAUUUCAUAUCUAGCCUGCAUUCCUAGUGAAGAGGUCUGCAAGCGAGGUUUCACGGUGAUUGUGGACAUGCGUGGCUCCAAGUGGGACUCCAUCAAGCCGCUGCUGAAGAUCUUGCAGGAGUCCUUCCCUUGUUGCAUCCACCUCGCCCUGAUAAUCAAGCCUGACAACUUCUGGCAGAAACAGAGGACGAACUUCGGCAGUUCUAAAUUUGAAUUUGAGACAAAUAUGGUCUCUUUAGAAGGCCUUACCAAAGUAGUUGAUCCUUCCCAGCUAACUCCCGAGUUCGAUGGCUGCCUGGAAUACAACCAUGAAGAAUGGAUUGAAAUCAGAGUAGCUUUUGAGGACUACAUUAGCAAUGCAGCCCAUAUGCUGUCGAGGCUAGAGGAACUUCAGGAUAUACUUGCAAAGAAGGAGUUGCCUCAGGACCUCGAGGGGGCUCGGAACAUGAUUGAGGAACACUCUCAGCUAAAGAAGAAGGUGAUUAAAGCUCCCAUAGAGGACCUAGAUUUAGAAGGGCAGAAGCUGCUACAGCGGAUUCAGAGCAGUGACAGUUUUCCAAAAAAGAACUCGGGCUCGGGCAAUGCGGACCUGCAGAACCUCUUGCCCAAGGUGUCCACCAUGCUGGACAGGCUGCACUCCACCCGGCAGCAUCUGCAUCAGAUGUGGCACGUGAGGAAACUGAAGCUGGACCAGUGUUUCCAGCUGCGGCUGUUUGAACAGGAUGCUGAGAAGAUGUUUGACUGGAUCACACACAACAAAGGCCUGUUUCUAAAUAGCUACACGGAGAUCGGGACUAGCCACCCUCAUGCAAUGGAGCUUCAGACACAGCACAAUCAUUUCGCUAUGAACUGUAUGAAUGUUUAUGUAAAUAUAAACCGCAUAAUGUCAGUGGCCAAUCGCCUGGUGGAGUCAGGCCACUACGCCUCCCAGCAGAUUAAGCAGAUUGCGAAUCAGUUGGAACAGGAGUGGAAGGCGUUUGCAGCAGCCUUGGACGAGCGCAGCACCCUGUUGGACAUGUCCUCCAUCUUCCACCAGAAGGCUGAAAAGUACAUGAGCAAUGUGGACUCAUGGUGCAAGGCCUGUGGUGAGGUAGACCUUCCCUCUGAGCUGCAGGACCUGGAAGACGCCAUUCAUCAUCACCAGGGGAUCUAUGAGCACAUCACCCUUGCUUAUUCUGAGGUGAGCCAGGAUGGGAAGUCUCUCCUUGACAAGCUCCAGCGUCCCCUGACUCCCGGCAGCUCUGAUUCCCUCACAGCCUCCGCCAACUACUCCAAGGCUGUGCACCAUGUCCUGGAUGUCAUCCAUGAGGUGCUGCACCACCAGCGCCAGCUGGAGAACAUCUGGCAGCACCGCAAGGUGCGGCUCCACCAGAGGCUGCAGCUCUGUGUCUUCCAGCAGGACGUUCAGCAGGUGCUGGACUGGAUCGAGAACCACGGAGAAGCAUUUCUGAGCAAACACACAGGUGUGGGCAAAUCCCUUCACCGGGCCAGAGCUUUGCAGAAACGCCACGAGGACUUUGAGGAAGUUGCACAGAACACAUACACAAACGCAGACAAACUGUUAGAAGCAGCAGAGCAGCUGGCUCAGACCGGGGAAUGUGACCCCGAAGAGAUUUAUCAGGCUGCUCAUCAACUUGAAGACCGGAUACAAGAUUUUGUUCGGCGAGUUGAACAGCGGAAGAUCCUGCUGGACAUGUCCGUGUCGUUCCACACCCACGUCAAAGAGCUGUGGACAUGGCUGGAGGAGCUACAGAAGGAACUACUGGACGACGGACUCUGCCAUCUCCAGUAACAAGACCCCACACAACAGCUCCAUCAACCACAUCGAGACGGUGCUGCAGCAGCUGGACGAGGCUCAGUCCCAGAUGGAGGAGCUCUUCCAGGAGCGCAAGAUCAAGCUGGAACUCUUCCUGCAGCUGCGUAUAUUCGAGAGGGAUGCCAUCGAUAUCAUCUCAGACCUCGAGUCUUGGAAUGAUGAGCUUUCCCAGCAAAUGAAUGACUUUGACACAGAGGAUCUGACAAUCGCUGAGCAGCGCUUGCAGCACCACGCAGACAAAGCCCUGACCAUGAAUAACUUGACGUUCGACGUCAUCCACCAAGGACAGGAUCUUCUGCAGUAUGUCAAUGAAGUCCAAGCCUCUGAACAACACCGGAAACAUUUGGAGCAGUGUGUGCAACUGCGCCACCUGCAGGCAGAAGUGAAGCAGGUGCUGGGCUGGAUCCGAAAUGGAGAGUCCAUGUUAAAUGCUGGCCUCAUUACCGCCAGCUCACUCCAGGAAGCCGAGCAGCUACAGAGAGAACAUGAGCAGUUCCAGCACGCCAUUGAGAAAACGCAUCAGAGCGCACUGCAGGUGCAGCAGAAGGCCGAGGCCAUGCUGCAGGCCAACCACUACGACAUGGACAUGAUCCGAGACUGUGCAGAGAAGGUCGCCUCACACUGGCAGCAGCUCAUGCUCAAGAUGGAAGAUCGCCUCAAACUUGUCAACGCCUCGGUCGCCUUCUACAAGACUUCAGAGCAGGUCUGCAGUGUCCUGGAGAGCCUGGAGCAGGAGUACAAAAGAGAAGAGGACUGGUGUGGUGGAGCUGACAAGCUAGGCCCAAAUUCUGAAACUGACCACGUCACCCCCAUGAUUAGCAAGCACCUGGAACAAAAGGAAGCCUUCCUGAAGGCUUGCACACUGGCCAGAAGGAAUGCAGACGUCUUCCUGAAAUACCUGCACAGAAACAGCGUGAGCAUGCCGGGGAUGGUGACGCACAUCAAAGCCCCAGAGCAGCAAGUAAAAAAUAUCUUGAAUGAACUCUUCCAGCGGGAAAACAGGGUAUUGCAUUAUUGGACCAUGAGAAAAAGGCGGCUGGACCAGUGUCAGCAGUAUGUGGUUUUUGAAAGGAGUGCCAAACAGGCGUUAGAGUGGAUCCAUGACAAUGGGGAGUUCUACCUCUCCACACAUACCUCGACGGGGUCCAGCAUCCAGCACACCCAGGAGCUGCUGAAGGAGCAUGAGGAGUUCCAGAUAACUGCCAAGCAAACCAAAGAGAGAGUGAAGCUAUUGAUACAGCUGGCCGAUGGCUUCUGUGAAAAAGGGCAUGCCCAUGCAGCAGAAAUUAAAAAAUGCGUGACCGCGGUGGAUAAGAGGUACAGAGAUUUCUCUCUGCGCAUGGAGAAGUACCGGACCUCUUUGGAGAAAGCCCUGGGGAUUUCUUCAGAUUCCAACAAAUCGAGCAAAAGCCUUCAAUUGGACAUCAUCCCUGCCAGCAUCCCUGGGUCAGAGGUCAAGCUUCGGGAUGCUGCUCACGAACUCAAUGAAGAGAAACGGAAAUCUGCCCGCAGGAAAGAGUUCAUAAUGGCUGAACUGAUUCAGACGGAAAAGGCUUAUGUGAGAGACCUUCGAGAGUGCAUGGAUACCUACCUGUGGGAAAUGACCAGCGGGGUGGAGGAGAUCCCUCCAGGUAUUGUCAACAAAGAGCUCAUCAUCUUUGGGAACAUGCAGGAAAUCUACGAGUUUCACAACAACAUCUUCCUAAAGGAGCUGGAGAAGUACGAGCAGCUGCCAGAGGAUGUGGGCCACUGCUUUGUCACCUGGGCAGACAAGUUUCAGAUGUAUGUCACGUACUGCAAAAAUAAGCCUGAUUCUACUCAGCUGAUUCUAGAACAUGCAGGGUCCUACUUUGAUGAGAUACAGCAGCGGCACGGGUUAGCCAAUUCCAUCUCCUCCUAUCUGAUUAAACCUGUUCAGCGAAUAACAAAGUAUCAGCUCCUUUUAAAGGAGCUGCUCACAUGCUGUGAGGAAGGAAAGGGGGAGAUAAAAGAUGGCCUGGAGGUGAUGCUCAGUGUGCCAAAGCGAGCCAAUGAUGCCAUGCACCUCAGCAUGCUGGAAGGGUUUGAUGAAAACAUUGAGUCUCAGGGAGAACUCAUCCUGCAGGAAUCCUUCCAAGUGUGGGACCCCAAAACCUUAAUUCGGAAGGGCCGAGAACGGCAUCUUUUCCUCUUUGAGAUGUCCUUAGUGUUCAGUAAAGAAGUGAAAGACUCCAGUGGGAGAAGCAAGUACCUCUACAAAAGCAAGUUGUUUACCUCAGAAUUGGGUGUCACAGAACAUGUUGAAGGAGACCCUUGCAAAUUCGCACUGUGGGUGGGGAGGACACCAACAUCAGACAAUAAAAUUGUCCUUAAGGCAUCCAGUAUCGAGAACAAGCAGGACUGGAUAAAGCACAUCCGCGAAGUGAUCCAGGAGAGGACUGUGCACCUGAGGGGAGCCCUGAAGGAGCCCAUCCACAUCCCCAAAACUGCACCAGCAGCAAGGCAGAAGGGGAGGAGGGAUGGAGAGGACCUGGACAGCCAAGGAGAUGGCAGCAGCCAACCUGAUACCAUUUCCAUCGCCUCCCGGACUUCUCAGAACACACUGGACAGUGAUAAGCUUUCUGGCGGCUGUGAGCUGACGGUAGUGAUCCAUGACUUUACGGCUUGCAACAGCAACGAGCUGACCAUUCGGCGUGGCCAGACGGUGGAGGUUCUGGAGCGGCCUCAUGACAAGCCUGACUGGUGUCUGGUGCGCACCACUGACAGGUCUCCUGCAGCAGAAGGCCUUGUGCCCUGUGGCUCACUGUGCAUUGCUCACUCGAGAAGCAGCAUGGAGAUGGAGGGAAUCUUCAAUCACAAAGACUCGCUCUCUGUCUCCAGUAAUGACGCCAGUCCGCCGGCCUCUGUGGCGUCUCUUCAGCCCCACAUGAUCGGAACACAGAGCUCACCAGGUCCCAAGCGACCAGGCAAUACCUUGCGAAAAUGGCUCACAAGCCCUGUGCGGCGACUCAGCAGUGGCAAGGCCGAUGGGCAUGCCAAGAAGCUGGCCCACAAGCACAAGAAGAGCAGGGAAGUCCGGAAGAGUGCGGAUGCUGGCUCACAGAAGGACUCCGACGACAGCGCUGCCACCCCACAGGAUGAGACCAUCGAAGAGAGAGGACGGAAUGAGGGCCUCAGCAGCGGCACACUGUCCAAAUCCUCCUCCUCGGGCAUGCAGAGCUGUGGAGAAGAAGAAGGAGAGGAAGGCGCUGAUGCUGUGCCACUGCCCCCACCCAUGGCCAUCCAGCAGCACAGCCUCCUUCAGCCGGACUCGCAGGAUGACAAGGCCUCUUCGAGGUUACUAGUCCGUCCCACCAGCUCUGAGACUCCCAGCGCAGCUGAGCUUGUCAGUGCAAUCGAAGAACUUGUGAAGAGCAAAAUGGCACUGGAGGAUCGUCCCAGCUCGCUGCUUGUGGACCAGGGAGACAGUAGCAGCCCCUCCUUCAAUCCCUCAGACAACUCCCUCCUGUCAUCCUCCUCACCCAUGGAUGAGAUGGAAGAAAGGAAAUCCAGCUCUCUAAAGAGAAGGCACUAUGUUUUACAAGAAUUAGUGGAAACGGAGCGAGAUUAUGUGCGAGACCUUGGCUGUGUGGUUGAGGGCUACAUGGCACUUAUGAAAGAAGAUGGUGUUCCCGAUGACAUGAAGGGCAAAGACAAGAUCGUGUUUGGCAACAUCCAUCAGAUCUACGACUGGCACAGAGACUUUUUUUUAGGAGAGUUGGAGAAGUGCCUUGAAGACCCAGAGAAACUAGGAUCCCUUUUUGUAAAGCAUGAGAGGAGGUUGCACAUGUACAUAGUCUAUUGUCAAAACAAGCCAAAGUCUGAGCACAUUGUCUCCGAGUACAUUGAUACCUUUUUUGAGGACUUAAAGCAGCGCCUUGGCCACAGACUGCAGCUCACGGAUCUGUUGAUCAAACCUGUGCAGAGAAUCAUGAAGUACCAGCUGCUCCUGAAGGAUUUCCUCAAGUACUCAAAAAAAGCUAGCCUGGAUACGACAGAAUUAGAGAAAGCUGUAGAAGUCAUGUGCAUAGUACCGAAGCGGUGUAACGACAUGAUGAACGUUGGGCGGCUACAAGGAUUUGACGGUAAAAUAGUUGCCCAGGGUAAACUGCUCUUGCAGGACACAUUCUUGGUCACAGACCAAGAUGCAGGACUUCUGCCUCGAUGCAAAGAGAGGCGGGUUUUCCUCUUUGAACAGAUCGUCAUAUUCAGCGAACCACUUGAUAAAAAAAAGGGCUUUUCCAUGCCAGGAUUCCUAUUCAAGAACAGUAUCAAGGUGAGUUGCCUUUGCCUGGAAGAAAAUGUGGAAAAUGAUCCCUGUAAAUUUGCUCUGACAUCAAGGACAGGUGACAUGGUGGAGACCUUCAUUUUGCAUUCAUCUAGUCCAAGUGUCCGGCAAACGUGGAUCCAUGAAAUCAACCAAAUCUUAGAAAACCAGCGCAACUUUUUAAAUGCCUUGACAUCACCCAUCGAGAUCCCCCUCCCUGUCAGACACCACCCCCCCAUGCUGGUCUCCUCUGCAGCCUCAAGCCAGGCAGAGGCAGACAAGAUGUCAGGUAUGUCUGCUCCCAGCCCCUCACUGCCUCCCCCCAGCAGCAGCCUAGCCCUUGAGGCCAGCCUUGGCCAGCCCAGCAGGCUCCCCCAGAGUGGAGACUCCGAAGGUCUUGAACGAGAAACAGAGCCCAUCCCCAAGAUGAAGGUGAUGGAGAGCCCCAGAAAAGCCCCUGGGAAUGCUUCUGGUACAAGCCAAGACGGAAACACCAAGGAUGUCCGGGGGAACCUGGGCCCGUUGCCUCUGGGCAAGACUAGGCCGGGGGCCAUCUCGCCGCUGAACUCUCCUCUCUCCACCACGUUCCCUUCUCCUUUUGGCAAGGAGGCCUUUCCUCCCAGCAGCCCCCUGCAGAAGGGGGGCUCCUUCUGGAGCUCCAUUCCUGCUUCCCUAGCCAGCCGGCCAAGCUCCUUCACCUUCCCGGGGGACAGUGACUCCCUCCAGCGGCAGACGCACCGCCAUGCAGCCCCCAGCAAGGACACAGACCGCAUGAGCACGUGCUCCUCGGCCAGCGAGCAGUCCGUGCAGUCCACUCAGAGCAAUGGGAGUGAAAGUAGCAGCAGUAGCAACAUCUCCACCAUGCUGGUGACACACGAGUACACGGCAGUGAAGGAGGAUGAGAUUAACGUCUAUCAAGGAGAGGUCGUUCAAAUUCUGGCCAGUAACCAGCAGAACAUGUUUCUGGUGUUCCGAGCCGCCACUGACCAGUGCCCCGCAGCCGAGGGCUGGAUCCCAGGCUUUGUCCUGGGCCAUACCAGUGCAGUUAUCAUGGAGAACCCCGACGGGACUCUCAAGAAGUCAACAUCUUGGCACACAGCACUCCGUUUAAGGAAGAAGUCUGAGAAGAAAGAAAAAGACGGCAAAAGGGAUGGCAAGCUGGAGAACGGGUACAGGAAGCCACGCGAAGGGCUCAGCCACAAGGUAUCUGUGAAGCUUCUCAACCCCAGCUACAUUUAUGACGUGCCCCCAGAAUUUGUUAUCCCAUUGAGUGAGGUCACGUGUGAGACAGGGGAGACCAUCAUUUUCAGAUGUCGUGUCUGUGGCCGCCCCAAGGCCUCAAUCACCUGGAAGGGCCCCGAACACAACACUUUGAACAGUGAUGAUCGCUACAGCAUCUCCUACAGUGACGUUGGGGAGGCCACUCUGAAGAUCACUGGUGUGACCACGGAAGACGACGGCAUCUACACGUGCAUUGCUGUGAACGACAUGGGUUCAGCCUCAUCUUCGGCCAGUCUGAGGGUUCUAGGUCCAGGGAGUGAUGGGAUCAUGGUGACCUGGAAGGACAACUUUGACGCCUUCUACAGUGAAGUGGCGGAGCUCGGCAGGGGCAGAUUUGCUGUGGUUAAGAAAUGUGAUCAGAAGGGAACCAAACGAGCAGUGGCCACAAAGUUUGUGAACAAGAAGUUGAUGAAGCGUGAUCAGGUCACCCAUGAGCUCAGCAUCCUGCAGAACCUCCAGCACCCCCUCCUUGUGGGUCUUCUUGACACCUUCGAGACCCCCACCAGUUAUGUCCUGGUUUUGGAAAUGGCUGACCAGGGUCGCCUCCUGGACUGUGUGGUACGAUGGGGAAGCCUCACCGAAGGGAAGGUCAGAGAGCACCUGGGGGAAGUUCUGGAAGCUGUCCGAUACCUUCACAACUGCAGGAUAGCACACCUGGACCUAAAGCCUGAGAACAUCUUGGUGGAUCAGAGUCUGACCAAGCCAACCAUUAAACUGACAGACUUUGGAGAUGCUGUCCAGCUCAACACCACCUACUACAUCCACCAGUUGCUGGGGAACCCGGAGUUUGCAGCCCCAGAAAUCAUUCUUGGGAACCCUGUCUCCCUGACCUCGGACACAUGGAGUGUUGGAGUGCUCACCUAUGUGCUGCUCAGCGGUGUGUCCCCCUUCCUUGAUGACAGCGUGGAAGAGACCUGCCUGAACAUUUGCCGGCUGGACUUCAGCUUCCCGGAGGACUACUUUAAAGGAGUUAGCCAGAAGGCCAAGGAGUUCGUGUGCUUCCUCCUGCAGGAGGACCCGGCCAAGCGUCCCUCGGCUGCACUGGCCCUGCAGGAGCAGUGGCUGCAGGCAGGUAACGGCAGCUGCAAAGGCACGGGCGUCCUUGACACGUCUAGACUGACCUCCUUCAUUGAGCGGCGCAAACACCAGAAUGAUGUUCGACCUAUUCGUAGCAUUAAAAACUUCUUACAGAGCAGGCUUCUGCCUAGAGUUUGACCUAUCUUGAAGUUCUUUCUCAUUCUCUUUCACCUGCCAAUCAGCUGUUAAUUUGAAUUUUGAAGAGGAAACCAAACCAAACUAAGUGACCGGCUGGCUGCCUGCUGUUCAUCGUGUGAAAUUGCAUUCCAAGUGAGCUGUGCUCAGUAGCGCUUGGGCUCGGAGCUACAAGCUGCGCUGGGGUGGAGGACCUUCAGUUACACUCUGCAAGGGCAGAGAUCGCAUCGCUGUUUCACAGUAUUUUAUUCAGGUUUCUGCAAAAAUAAAAUAAAGAGAUACUUUUUUUAAAUGAACAUGGAUAGAAUUUUGCAAAUUUAACAUUUUCAAGAUUUAUUCAAGGAAACACAUGCCUAUGUUCAAACCACUGGUGUUACACAAAACAAAGAUACUGUGCAUUUCUGGGAAAGACUCGCCAGGUGGCAGCCACUCCCAUGGCCUCAGCCAGUGCUUGGUGCCCACCUGGCACAGAGCUUUCCCAGCUGCCUCAUCUGCGUACGUCUUGCCAGGCACCAGACUUGGCUUCUGAAAUGUACGUUCAACCUCAGUCUUUUGCAUAAAAUAGAAUGAAUGGUUUUGCUCUGAUGAAUUGUAGGCCUUACAUGUAUAUAUGACUCUUCCUGCCUUCUAUCUGGCAUCCCCCCCCACCCACCGCCUGGGCCUUCCUGUGGGGGGCCAAGGGGGGCCUGCCCAUCCAAUGAAGACUUUGGGCUGGGUCCAGCCCCACUGACCCCCCCUCCCCAACCCCAUCCCAAACCGUCAAUCAAAUUGUUGAACGGUAUACAGUCAGAUGAAAAUACUGUAAAUGCACUCAUUGGGGGUUUUUUGAUUUUAUUUCAUAUCAUGUGCAAUGUUGUGGCUUUAACAUUUUCUGCAACUAUUUAUGAAGACUUCUGUUGUACCUGUAAUAAAUAUAUAGAAAAAGCACAUACUUCGCCAGUGAGCUUUAUGGUUCUGUGUAUGUUGGGGAUGGGUUGUAGCCCUGUGCCAUCAGUUCAAGGACACUUAACUCUCCGUGAAAUUUGUCAGUUUUGAGGACUGUAAAAAAAGUGAUUUCAUACUCUGAAAAUAAAACUGGAUAAUAGGGUAAUGUUUUAAAUUUUAUUAUGCUAUUAUUCAGAAUGCCAAAGUAUUAUUUUUUCCCAAAAUCAGUCUGAACAUUUACUACUUUUUAGACUUUUUGACAUUCAACUUUCUGUAUAAAAAUUGGCUGGAUUUUCAGCUUUUGGUAAGAAAGCCAAUUAAGUACUGGCCACCCUGAGGCUGGUACCCAGUGCCCGAGUCACUGUGGCAGAGCUGGCGCUGGCGUGGGAAGUCCUUCAACACAAGAAGUUGGGUUUCUGGCACGCUUGAAAUUUUUCUGGAUGUCUUUUUAUCUUUAUUGUGUGAAAUACACUAAAAACACAGAGAGAGAGAGAGAGAGAGAUCAGAUUGCUUCCCAAGCCAGCCAGACAUCUGGGUCUUGAGCCAUAAACUGGCAAAAUUAAGCUUUGCAGUUUCCAAUGUAUUUUAUUUAUUCUUUUGUUGGGUUUUUUUGUUUGUUUGUUUGUUUCCUGUAAAAUUGUACAGAAACUUUUUAAGAGAAAUUGGAUUCAAAAACUGGAUGUGUAUCCGUAACCUCAUAACUUUUAUUUGUGUACUGUUUCUUUUAUUAUUUCAGUUAAAUUUUUACAUUAUUUUUUGCAUGUAUAUUUCUUUGUACAGAGACCUUACAUGUUUACACGUUAUGAUGUGAUGUAAAUAUUUUAUUUUGCCAUCAGUUAUUUUAAAAAAUUAAACAUAUUUGCCUGA